CAGCUAUGGAGGUGGAGGAGGCGUUCCAGGCGGUGGGGGAGAUGGGCAUCUAUCAGAUGUACUUGUGCUUCCUGCUGGCGGUGCUGCUGCAGCUCUAUGUGGCCACAGAGGCCAUCCUCAUUACACUGGUUGGGGCCACACCAUCAUACCACUGGGACCUAGCAGAGCUCCUGCCAAACCAGAGCCAUGGCAACCAGUCAGCUGGUGAAGACCGAGCCUUUGGGGACUGGCUCUUGACAGCCAAUGGCAGCGAGAUCCAUAAGCACGUGCAUUUCAGUAGCAGCUUCACCUCCAUUGCCUCAGAGUGGUUUCUAAUUGCAAACAGAUCUUACAAAGUCAGUGCAGCAAGCUCAUUUUUCUUCAGUGGUGUGUUUGUGGGAGUUAUCUCUUUUGGUCAACUUUCAGAUCGCUUCGGAAGGAAGAAAGUCUAUCUCACAGGUUUUGCUCUUGACAUUUUAUUUGCUAUUGCAAAUGGAUUUUCCCCCUCAUACGAGUUCUUUGCAAUAACUCGCUUCCUGGUGGGCAUGAUGAAUGGAGGGAUGUCGCUGGUGGCCUUUGUCUUGUUAAACGAAUGUGUGGGCACCGCCUACUGGGCAUUAGCAGGAUCAAUCGGCGGCCUCUUCUUUGCAGUUGGCAUUGCCCAGUAUGCCCUGUUAGGAUACUUCAUCCGCUCUUGGAGGACCCUUGCUGUUCUGGUUAACCUGCAGGGAACAGUGGUCUUCCUCUUGUCUUUAUUCAUUCCUGAAUCACCCCGUUGGUUAUACUCCCAGGGUCGACUGAGUGAGGCCGAAGAGGCACUAUACCUCAUUGCCAAGAGGAACCGCAAGCUCAAGUGCACCUUUUCAUUAACACACCCAGCCAACAGGAGCUCCAAGGAGACUGGAAGUUUUCUGGACCUGUUCCGUUAUCGAAUCCUCUUGGGACACACUCUGAUCCUGAUGUUCAUCUGGUUUGUGUGCAGCUUGGUGUAUUAUGGCCUGACUCUGAGUGCAGGUGAUCUAGGUGGAAGUAUUUAUGCCAACCUGGCCCUGUCUGGCCUCAUAGAGAUUCCAUCAUACCCUAUCUGCAUCUACUUGAUUAACCAAAAAUGGUUUGGUCGGAAGCGGACGUUAGCAGCAUUUCUGUGCCUUGGAGGACUGGCCUGCCUUAUUGUAAUGUUCCUUCCAGAAAAGAAAGGCACAGGUGUGUUUGCGGUGGUGAACAGCCGUUCCUUGUCCUUGCUGGGGAAGCUGACCAUCAGUGCUGCCUUUAAUAUUGUUUAUAUCUACACCUCUGAGCUUUACCCUACAGUUAUCAGGAAUGUUGGGCUCGGAACUUGUUCUAUGUUCUCCCGAGUUGGUGGAAUCAUUGCUCCCUUCAUCCCCUCACUGAAAUAUGUACAGUGGUCUUUACCCUUCAUUGUGUUUGGAGCCACUGGCCUAGCCUCAGGCCUCCUGAGUUUAUUAUUGCCUGAAACUCUCAACAGCCCACUGUUGGAGACAUUCUCUGACCUUCAGGUAUAUUCCUAUCGGAGGCUGGGAGAGGAAGCUCUGUCAUUACAGACCUUGGAUCCUCCCCAGUCUGCUGACAAGGAGAGCACUUUAGGGAGCGAGAGUGAAGAAGAGGAGUUUUAUGAUGCAGAUGAAGAGACUCAGAUGAUCAAGUGA